AUGAUGAAUAGGCGUGGCAUACAGCAGCAGAAUGCCGCCACCGCCUCAUCCUCUGAUGCAGCCACAACUCCAACAACUAGCGCAUUAUUAAAUGAGAGUAGACAAUUGUUGUUGAAGCAGCAAUUAAAAUUACAAUUAAAUUUAAAUGUUAGUGAAAUGAUGGAUAAUUUAAGACGUAGCGUUGAUAAUGAUUACAACAACAGUAAACAAAUGCAAUCGCAACAAUAUGAUGGUGAUCUGAAUUGGAAUCGGAAUCUGAGUUUAACUCGUGUCCAAGAAGUAGAGGAGCAGCAGCAGCAACACGAAAUGACCGUGUCUAGACGUAGGGGUAAUCAUCUGGUGGCUGCCACUGACACAGAGGUGAUGAUGGUGACAACCAGCAAAGCCAGCUAUAAUGCCACAGCCAACAAUGCCAAAGCCUGCAAUGCCCGUGCCGCAACAGCAGCAGCAGUGACAUUAGCGACAACAUCAUUUACAUCAGCCGGUGUAACAGUUACCACCACUCUCAUGACCUCAACGUCAUUGUCGUUAUCAUCAUCAGCCGCCGCCGCUGGAUCAACAACAACAUCAGUAGCAGCAGCAGCAACAACAACAACGUAUACAUCAUUAACACAAAAACAACCAUUGAAUACGGCAUUAGCUAAAUUUAAUCGAAUUAUUGACAAUACAGUGCCGGUAAUAAAUAAUUAUCAACAGCAGCAGCCGCCAACACCAUUCCAGGAUGCUGCUGGCGACUGCAAUACAAAAUCACAACAACAUGCCCCACAUGAACAACAUAGCGUAGGGAUGCCCAUAUUAAGUGAUAGUUUAAAACGUAGAUUGGCCUCACAUCAUUACACCGACCUCGUUGUAAAUAAUUCAAAAAUUAAUUUCUCAUACGAUAGAAGAACCAAUGUGGUAACAAACACCACCACAAUAACAACAACAACCACUACAACUACUACAUCCCAACCAACACCACCACCACACUCAUUAUCUCUUAGUAGAAUGACAAGAACCACAGAUGCAUCUUCCUUGAUAUCUUUGGAGAGCAUCGCCACCACCACAAUGCCCAAAAAAGUAUCAAUGGAAGAUGGCGAACAAGUAGAAGAAGAACAAGAUUCCGCUGAAGAUGGUGAUGGUGCCAGACGUAGUGAUUGGAAACGAAAUGAUGUUCAUUAUUUGUUGAAACAAUUAAAUAGUUUUAGUGAUAUUGAAGAAAUAGAAAUUGUUGAUAUGAAGCAAAAACAGCGUCAGCAACAACAACAACAAAAGCUUAUUAUUAGAGAACAACAACAACAAGAGCACCAUCAUCUGCCAAAUGCUGCUGCCUCAUCCUCCUCCUCGUCCUCCCAUCUAAUGAUGGAGGCAAAAAAUUUAACUGUGGCCUUGCCACCCACACCACCUGAACAAUGUUAUAAUAAUGUUACUAAUGCUUCCUCAGAUAUAAUAGCCCAAUUGGAUAGUCGUGACAGCCAUUACACAAGCUGUAGUGUUCCCUUAACCUCCACCACCACCUCCUCUUCUGCCUUUGCCAAUACCCAUCCCCCUGUUUCCAGUUUACCUCAAUACAUUUCUAGCUAUUCGGCACAUAUUUCAGAGCUUACCCAACACUCCUCGUCAACGGAAAGAGUAGCAGACUAUGAUUCUGAACAGCAGCAGCAGCAACGGCAGAAUGAUGACAUCUAUGUUGUUGCAGCACCCACACCCGUGGAAAGCAAGCAACAUUCAUCAUCACCCGCACCCUCACCUUUAGUAGAUUCACCCACAGCCACAUCACUUGUGAUAUAUUCACCAUCGUCACAAUCGCACAAAGGUAUAAGGCGUUACGCCUCCCUAAAUCAUCAGCAGCAGCAACAGCAACUGGAUGAUGAGGAUGCGGAUAGCCAAAUGCAUCGUCAUCAGUACCAUUCCUGUGAUCCGCUGGCCUUACAACAAUUUGUGGAUGAUUAUAUAUUUCAAUCCUGCCAUUAUUUGGAAACAAAUAAUUUUGCCGCCAACUAUUGCACUGCCAUGGUCGAGUCUUCGUCACACGAAUUCCGGCCGUCAACCACCACCACCACACGCACCUCCAACGAGGAAUACGACGACGAGGAGUGCUACGUUGAGGAUCAUUCGUCGGCCCAUUCGUUUGAGCUGCACGAAUGCGAACCGCCCACAGUGAUAUGCAAGGCACCGGCCCCGCUGCCUGCGGAGCCGCCGAUGCCAUUACCUAUGCGCUCCUCGAUGCGUAACUUGGUACCGAUAACAACAAUGCCUAAACCAGCAGCAGCACUCCAAGCCACCCACACCACCACGACCGCCGCACCACCACACUAUACAAUGGAGACACGUUUAUGUAGCAGCGGUGUACAGACUGAUUUAACGGCUUCAUCUUUUGCGCAAAGUUUUAGCCUUAGUUCAUCCACAUCCUCAUCGUCGUCGUCGACGGAACAACGUAAACGUAAACAGCCAAUAUUCAAGUGUUGUUAUACGCCACUGGAUCGGUGGCGGGAAAAACGGCAACAGCAACAACAAAUCGAAUUAAAGAAACGCACAAAAACUGUUGGUGUUGUCGGUGAGCAGCAGCAGCAACAGUUGACUACUACACAUCACACCAUUACUAGCAGCAGCCAGCAGGGUAGCUCCACAACAACAACAACUGCAACACGUUCAUGUUUGAAAAACAGCAAAGUCAGUAUUGUGACAUUAAGCGGUGCUGGCACUUUGGCUGCUGUUUCCGGUUCCUCUGGCCUACACAAUACAACCAACACCACCACCACAACUACAUUAUCAUCCUCGGCCGCCGCCAUUGUUGUCCAUUCACAGCAUCAUUCUUUACCAACAAAAAAUGCACCUUAUGCAGUUUGA